AUGGGCUGCUUCCUCUCCUGCUUCCGCGGCCGCCCCGACCCGGCCAGCCGGGCCCUCCACGAUCCGCUCGUGCGCAAGACCCGCCUCGGGGACGCCUUCCUGGACGACCACCACGACGACGGCACGGCGAAGCUUGAGGAGAACCGGACGCCCAAGGAGGAUCUCGGGAACGACGGAGGGGUCGACGACGACCUCAGGCGAGAGGCAAAUUAUCUAAAAUCUUGUGGCACAAUAUCAGAAACCCCUCCAGAAAUUCUGAAAGCGUCAAACCAAGUCGAAGAGGAAGAAAUUACUGAGUGCAAUGAGACGUCCAACAAUGCAGAGGAAAAUAAAGAGGCCCUGGUGUCUGAAAAUAAGGAUUACUUAUCUGAAGGGUUCAACUCCGACGGGCACGAUGGUGCUUUGAAACAUGACCAGGACACCAACGAAGGCACUGACGACCAUGCCACUGAGGUUGAAUCAGCGCCGAGAUCUUCAUCGCAGGAAAGGUCUUCAGACCAGAUCAUCAGGAACCAGAAUCCUGAUCGUAGCGACUCGCCUUUCCCCACCCCUCUGGUUCUGAGGGACGACAUCCAGACCCCUGGAUUCACCACACACCAGGGGAACUUCAAGCCUGGGAAGCGCGGGAGAGCCAGCAAGCAGUUCGUCUAUCCUGUCCUGAGACCCAUCGAGAACAAGCUGCAGUGGACGGAGCUGAGAGACGAGUCCUCCCCCGUGGUCGCCUCUCAUCCUCCCAAGAGAAGGUACCUGUCUGCAGAUUCCACCGAGAACGAGAAGCCUCAGCAGCAAACCCUUCCAAGCUCAGUGAAUGCAAACACGGAACUGUCAUCAGAGUCUGCGCCAUUUCUGUUCCAUGCCGGCAGAAAAGAGCAGCACGCUCAAGAGGUGACGCCUCCAGAGGAACCCAGGGAUGAGAAUGUCAACCAGCAGCAGCUUGUGGGCGGCGGCGUCGGAGAGCUGAUGAGUAAGAGCUCGGAGAACGGGAAGCAUGGCGUGGCCAGCCUGUCCUGCUGGCUCAAGACUUCGUGUGCUGAUGGUGAGGGCCAAACUGGACGGCAGCUGGGCUUCGGGAGCGUCGAUCUCAGUGACGUGCCCAUCUUUGUGGCCUCUGGGCUGAACUGGGACAUUGAGAACAACCCUACCCCGAUGCUGCCCAAGGCCUGGGACGGCAAUGGGAUCCCCAACACCACCACCAAGUACAAAGAGGACCAGAGAGUGAGCUGGCAUGCCACGCCCUUUGAGGAGAGGCUGAUGAAAGUGUUGUCCGAUGAGAAACCGCACCAUCAGAGGAAAAUCAGUGGGAAGCUGAUCCACCUGGAGGAGGACGCGGUAGAGAGCCCGGCAAGUGCGACUGCUUCCUCGUGA